CAUUGCGUCGUUUGGCGUCCUUCCACGGCCACCAAACCAGACAAGUGUUUGACUGACUGCAGCAAUGCCCGCGGACAAGGCCAAGGCCUCCUCCCCGCAGAAGGGGAAGAAAGGUGGUGCUUUGUCGCAUCAGAAGCAGAAGAAGAACAAGGCGGCAGGGUCCAAGAAGGGCACAGGCCCAGGGUUCCUGUCCCUGAGCUUUUGCAUGGCCCUUGUCGCAGCAGGAGCAUACUUCCUCUACCAAAACCCUGAAGGACUGGAGCCAUGGACCGGUAUGCGGCAUCCAAACAAGCCUUACAAGACAUUCAUGGAUUUCUACCCAUACUACCAGGAGGAGCACACGGACAAGACGUGCAGACUCCUCCACAUCAUCGGGACAAGCAUUGUGCUGACCAUCAUGGCUGCCUCUCCUUCAACGUUUGUGUCCAUGGCGCUGGCGUUUGUUGUGGCGUAUGCCUGCUGCGGGCUGUUCGCCUUCAUGCCCAAUGGCGCCGCAGAGGCUGCUGUCAUGGUGACCGUCUUCUUCUCCACCCACUACUUCCUCAAGCGCUCCAUCAAGCUUGCGCUGGUUGUUAUGCUGGUCGGGUAUGCGUUUGCGUGGGUUGGCCAUUUCUUCUUUGAGCAGAACAAGCCCGCCACCUUCAUCUACCCAUCUUUCAGCUUGAUGUCCGACUUCUUCAUGACGUUCCGCGUCAUCACCCAAGUGGAACCACUCGAUCCACGCGCCUGAGUGAAGCAGUUCAUUGCGUCACGCACACACCGCCACGACAUGUACAAGCACACGACCGCCUCUGUUACAUCAAAGUCCUAUCGUCACAGCCUUCCUCUCCCUUCCCACCUGACAAUCCUCCUCCCUUGUUGCAUGUUUGCACGCUUGCUUGCGUGCUUGCGUGCUUGCGUGCUUGCUUUGCUUUGCUUGCUUGCAAACAGCCGUUGCCAACACAAUGCCCCCGACGUAAACCCCUUCACUCCCGAGUGCUUCGCGAUGCUACAAAACGCCGUCAUGAAAG